GUAGGUAUUCAUGAAAAUAGGUAGCAGGUAGCAGUCUCAUAGCUUACAAAAUAUGUAUUUUCGAUUCUGAUUGCCCUCCCAGCAUUUCAUAGGUUAACAAAAUGAUCCCCACACGUCAGUGUAUAGUAUAUGAAUCUUUGUUUUCCAUAUAUUACAGUUGGAGACGUUGUCCACUAUAAAUAGCUACUACUACUAUAUAAAGGUGUUUGUUUCUGUAAUGAAAUACAAAAACUUUUUUUUUUUAAAAAUCAUUUCAAUACUGCCGCAGAGUAACUCACUGAAGUCAGUGGAACAUGUUUAGAAAAAAAUGUGCAAAAAACUGCCUUACUAAUGAUAGGCACAAACUAUUAUAAUGGAAUAGGUUUGCUAUCUUGUUGGGGAAGGAUUUGGGUUUUCCUUAAAGGGAGCCAGUGACAUUAAAAAUCAAGCACUAGAGCAAAGACAGGUAUAGCAUUUUCCUGACUGUUGGAGAUUUCAGCAUCUAAAUGCAUUGUCUAAUAUACAUUUUUGUAUUUAGAUAUCUGCUGAUAUCAGCUUUUUUAUGUUUGUUGUUUGGGGAACUAGCGGAAGUUGCAAUAACCGGUAUAAAAGUCUUAAUUCCUGCCUGUCGGGCAAUGUUUAGGGAUCGGUGCAAGACCUGUUCUAGUGCCUCCUUCAGAAACUGAAGUGCACACUCCUACUCCAGUCACCCUUAAAAUGACCCAAAAAUGAGCAAGUUAAAAUGAUAAUAUUACAAGAGUAUAUAACUGCUUAUAUGCUUUUACUACAUCUGAGCAUGCAAAAGGUACAGUCGGAGGAGGUGAAUGACGGUACAUUCUGUCGGGGAGCUGUUUAUUUGCAUGGUCCCUACUUUACAAACAUAUCCCCGAAGCUACAGACACGUGCACAGCAGGAUUAGUGAGACACAGGAAGUCACCAGUCACCAUGAUGGAGGCCAUGAGCACAUCAUUUUGAAAACAGACAUACCUGAAAGAAACCACGCAACACAAUGUCCAUUUAUUUUCUCAAAUCAAUCACCGGCUGCAAUUUGACUGCUCAAGUGUUCCAUUUUCUCUAUGUAUAAUAUGCUGAUUCAGCUAUGCAGAUAACACACAUGAAUAACACUCGGAAAGCAAGGAGACUUCAGAUAAACUUGUGACCCAACUAGUGCUCUGGUUUGCACGCUAAGGAUGCAAGAGCAGAAUGAGACUUGUACUCCAGACCCAUCUAUCACCUACCUGACCUGCCUCAUGCACCUUUUUGUGGAGUGGCUGGAACUGGAAAACCUGGAAGACUACCUGAACUAUGUAGAUUAUCUCCUGUGGGUGUUCACACCUCUCAUCAUAGUGUUCAUUCUACCCGUGUUCAUUGUUAUUUUUCUCUACUUAUCCAUCCUCUUCCUCCAUGUGUAUAAGCACAAGAACGAAUUGAAAGAGGCCUAUUCAAAUAGUAUAUGGGAUGGUGCACGGAAAACCCUGGCAACACUGUGGGAUGGGCAUGCUACAAUAUGGCAUGGCUAUGAACUGUAUGGCUUGGAAAAUAUUCCUGAUGAUGGACCUGCCCUUAUCGUAUACUAUCAUGGAGCACUCCCUGUAGACUACUAUUACUUUGUCGCAAAGGUCAUUCUCCGCAAAGGAAGAACAUGCCAUUCAGUAGGGGACCACUUUCUUUUCAAAAUACCAGGUUUUAAACCAUUGCUUGAUCUAUUUGGUGUAAUUCAUGGACCAAAGGAAGAAUGUGUGAAGGCUCUAACUAGUGGUCACCUCCUAGCAGUAUCACCAGGUGGGGUGCGGGAAGCACUUUUUAGUGAUGAAAGCUACACACUUAUGUGGGGAAAGCGGACUGGAUUUGCUCAGGUUGCAAUUGAUGCUAAGGUGCCCAUCAUCCCAAUGUUUACGCAAAACGUACGUGAAGGCUUUCGCUCGCUUGGAGGUUUAUGGCUGUUCAGGUGGAUUUAUGAAAGAUUUAAGAUUCCAUUAGUUCCAAUAUAUGGAGGAUUUCCAGUUAAAUUUCGUACAUACCUUGGGGAUCCUAUACAGUAUGACCCAAAUAUAACUGCUGUUGAGUUAGCACAAAAGACUAAAUGUGCAAUUCAUUCAUUAAUAGAAAAGCAUCAGAAAGUUCCUGGAAACAUAUUUCGGGCUUUACUCGAAAGAUUUGAUAGACGGCAGAAAGAAGAAUAAAGUGGAUUUAUGCCUUGAUUUAUAUAUAUAUUUAUUGGGUCUGCUAUACAGUAUAUUUUAUCAUGGGUGUUUUGUUUUUUACUGUUUAAAUGGGCCUGGAUGCUUUGAAUCUGGCAGCCUUUUAAUUGUAUUUAUACCUGGUAAAUGAAUGCAGGCUAUUUUGUUUCCUUUUUACAAAAUCCGGUUUCUGUAUAUGACUGACAUUGGCUGGUAUCACUGGUGGAUGCCAAGUUGUUAGGAACCUCCUAGUGAUUCUCGUCAUUUAACACUUUUUCUAAUAAUGUAAAGGCCUGGGCUACUUUUCCUCUUAGCACCACACCACCAUACAUUUCCAAUGUCCCAGCAUCCUCUGUUUAGCCCUAGAUCAGUCAGUAGUUGAAGUGUAUUAGACAUUAUACAUUUUACAUUUGUAUUGCUUGCAAAUAUAGGGGUGUGAGGGUAUGUAGAUGGAGUGUAUGUGCCCUCAUGGCCUCACAUUUCCACAUCAGUUUAUCUUGCACAAUUCCAAAUUAAAGUCUUAAAUACCUUUUUUAAGGAUAUAGCACAAGAUGUUUUGAACAUGGCAAGUAAAUAGCCAUGCUCAGUAUACAUUGGAAUUGCUGAAUAUUGCUACUUGUCAACAGGGGAAAAUACCAUGAUUUGUGCAGUGCAUUGUUUUUUUUUUAGGUGACACUGAAAAUCCAACAGCUGCAGAAUCUACCUUUCUACUCCCUAAUAUUGUGGGUGUUUAAGCAAUAAAGGCAGGAAAUGGGAAAAUGUGUCUUAUAUCUUCCAUUUUCCUCAAACAGGAAUGUACCACUGCAAAGCUUAUUCUUUGCAAGCCUUACUCUGAGUUUCCUUGUACAUUCAGCCUGAUGAUUAACCCUCUGCAAGGAAGGGAGAUUGAGAGUGUAGGGAUAAAAGACAGACAGGGGUUAACAACAGGAUAGAAAGAGAAGUAAAUGAAGAUAUGACCCUUGUUUAAAACAUUCUUCAAAGUCCCUAGCCUAUUCUGUUACAUUGAUGUCUGCACAAAAGUUUCCUUCUCCUCCUAACUGCAUUUUUUCAUGAGCAAAGGGUGCUUUACUGAUUGCCUUUUAUUGCAACAUUCUGAAUAGAUAUCUGUAUCCACCUUUUAUCUGCUGAGUCACAUAAUAUGAAUUCUUCCCACAUUUUACAAAAAUGAAUGAAUGAAUAAAUGAAGUAUGGAGGAUUAUACAUAGGGUAGAGGAUAUUCCCCAGUUAGAGGAACUAUGUAGCUGUACAUAGGAUUCAUGAAGCUAAUGAUUUCUUCUACGGCCAGUCUUAAAUCCAAAAUAUUGUGCAGUAAAUGUGAUUUUUGUUCUUUAUAUGAAAUUUUAUAUCCUCAUUCCAGGCCAUUAAAAAUCUAUAUUUCCA